GCGCCGCGGGGCAGAGGGCGGGCGUCGGCGGCGGGUGAGUGCGCGCGGCGCGUCUCUAUGGCAACGCGGCCGGGCCUGCUCCGGAGGUGACGGGCGGGCCGGUACCGGGCUCAGGCCCCCGGGACUUCCCCCUCCCCUGGGGCUUCCCCCCGCAACGCAGGGUUCUGCUCCGUCUGCACUGGGCCCUCGCCGCUUCCCCGCCAAGGGAAGGAGGCCAAGCUCCCCCGAGCUGCCGCGGGAGGCAGCGGCCCCGUCUCCCCGCUCCCGAAGGCAGAUUGUCUGAUCUCUAGCACUGAUCAGCAAUGCCAUCAGCUAUGGAGGGCUCAGAGGGGGGAGAAGAAGGGGAAAUCUUGAGCUAUGAGGAAACAGAAGAUGACAAUGUCAGUCCCACCGACCUUUCAGAGCUGCUGAAGGAGGGGACUAAGGAAUCCCAUGACCGUGCGGAGAACACUCAGUUUGUCAAAGACUUCCUGAAAGGACGGAUCAAGAAGGAGCUCUUCAAGCUGGCCACCGUGGCACUUUACUUCACGUACUCCGCUCUGGAAGAGGAAAUGGAUCGCAACAAGGACAACCCAGUCUUUGCUCCUCUGUAUUUCCCCCUAGAGCUUCACCGGAGAGAAGCGUUGGUCAAAGACCUGAAAUAUUUCUAUGGAGAAGACUGGAAAGAGAAGAUCCAGUGUUCGGAGGCAACUCAGCACUAUGUGCACAGAAUCCAUCAUGUGGGACAACAUGAGCCAGAGCUGCUGGUGGCUCACGCUUACACACGCUACAUGGGGGACCUCUCAGGUGGCCAAGUGCUGAAGAAGGUAGCCCAGAGGGCCCUGAAGUUGCCGAGCACUGAGGAAGGGAUCCAAUUCUACAUGUUUGACAACAUUUCCAAUGCACAGCAGUUCAAGCAGCUCUACAGAGCGAGGAUGAAUGCUCUGGACUUGGACAAGAACACCAAGGAAAGGAUUGUGGAAGAGGCCAACCGAGCCUUCAGAUUUAACAUGCAGGUAUUUGAUGAACUGGACAAGAUUGGCAGGUCGCUGACAGAAGCAGCCCAGGAUGGAGGCUUUCCAGUCCACGAUGGGAAAGGAGACCUACGCAAAUGCCCUUACUAUGCAGACAAACUAGGCAAGGCAGGAACCGGCUGCCCUUAUGACGCUGCCGUGGCCUUGGCAAAGCAGCCCCUGGUGCAGCUGAUCCUGGCGGCCUGCGUUGCUGUGGCGGCAGGAGCUGCAGCGUGGUACAUCAUGUGAUGGGGAGAGCGGUGCCUGGCUCUAAAGGGCGGCCCUGUCCUUUUUCAAACUGUUCCCUUGCUGUUGGUGGUGAGUUGACUGCAGGGUGGAAGUAAGAAAAUAAACAGGAAUCCUGCGGGACUGUCAAAGACUCUUUGCACACCAAUAAUGCAAGCACUGUAAUAUAAUGUCUUUAGCUGACUAGUGUACAGGACUGAUCCGGAGUGAGGAUUCCACUUCAGCACGGCCCUACCCAGGCUGGGGCAGCUUUUAAGGCUAGAGAUGUCCUGUCUUGUACCAGCAAAGGCUUCAUGUGCGUGCUUGGCUUUUCAUCCCCUUCCUGGGAGCAGUCGCCGGAGGGAGUUUCCUGCCCUGGGCUGCAACCCCAGAAUGUGUCACCAGCCUUUGCAGUGAAGAGCGCUUGGUUUCCUACCGUGAGAAACAUGUUUUGGUCAUGCUGCAGUGGCUGUGACGUGGGGCUGCUCGCUCAAAGGGCUGUCCUGCAUGUCACAGUGUCCCCGGGACCAAGUCGAAGGGGGUUGGAGGAAGCUGACUGGGGUGGGGUGGUUUAAGGUGACAAAUGUCUAUCGUGCAGCACUGGGCUUGUUGGUUGUUGUGUUUUGUUUUGUUUUUUCUGAAGCCUUGACUGGAAUAAAAAGUUGCAACGCUGUA